AUCACAUCAAAUUUCAAGCGGCCAUCUUGGAUUCGAAAAGUAAAACAAGUUGUUGAUUGUGAAGAUUGGUGGACAUAUGAUGGUCAUGAAGAGAUCUUCGGAUUCAGAAAUUCAUGGCAAAUCAAAACGGAGUCGUUCUAGGAUUGAUUUAGGAGAUAAUGGGCUUCGAGAGAGAAUUUCGUCGCCGGAAAGUGCGCGGGAUAGUGGCUCCCCUGUGCACCGAAGUUCGUCUCUUACACGAAAAACAGACGACAGAACGUACAAAAGGACCUCUAAUGUUAACAUGCGAAACGAAAAUAACUAUCCUUUUCAUCAGAAACGCGUCGAUCGCGAUGUGGACCCUCAUCUGCGGAUAACAAACCUUUCUAGCCAUGUUGGGGACCCACAAAUGAAGGAUGCGAUUUUUCACGAGUUGAAAAAAUUCGGUGAAGUCUCRGUGAACUUGUUUGGUCGCGGUAACGAACGUUACGCAGUUGUGUACUUUCGAACGGUAGACGACGCGAAGGAAGCCAAAAGAGUUUUAGAACGACGAGGACGUGUAUUGAUCUAUGAUCGGCCAGUGCGUAUUGACUACAGAAUUUAUCCGGAAAAGACUUCGAGUCGAAGGAGCUACAGCCCUGUGUCAAUGGGCGAAAACUUUCACUUUUCCAGACGUUCUUCCUCUCCACCACGUAGAACUACACAACGUGCUAAUAAUCCCUACUUUGAGUUUGAUCGUAACCGCGGUGAAUACGAUCGCCGUGGUAGAGGGGGAGGAGAUGCUUUUACCCCUCCACAACAGGAAUAUAUCCCUCCAGAAGAAGAUCCAAAAGCGACUCGGACGCUGUUCGUUGGCAAUCUAGAGACCAGUGUUUCGAGCCAAGAGCUUCGCCGCGCUUUUGAAAAAUUUGGAGUGGUUUUGGAUGUGGACAUCAAGCGCCCAGCUCGCGGACAAGGAAAUACAUACGCAUUCGUGAAAUUUGCUGAUCUCGACGUUGCUGCCAAAGCUAAAGUUGAAAUGCAAGCAGAAUACAUUGGACGAAAUCGCGUUAAAAUUGGAUACGGAAGGAGUCAACAAACUACUCGCUUGUGGGUUGGGGGUCUAGGCCAUUGGACCUCUAUUUCCGAGUUGGAACGGGAGUUCGACCGUUUUGGCGCAAUCAGACGUACUGAUUACCAUAAAGGUGAUGAUCAUGCUUAUAUUUUGUACGAUAGUUUAGACGCUGCAUCCGUGGCUGCACGCGAAAUGAGAGGUUUCCAGAUGGGUGAUCGUCGCCUAAGGAUUGAUUUUGCAGAUAAAGAUCAAGGUUUGAAAGGUUAUGGUCCUUUGUAUCAAGUUCGACGGGACCCUAGCCCACCUCGUGGAAGAGCUAACGAUAUUGAUCCUAUUGAUAGUGCAUACUCUUCUCACUUAUCAGAGCGUGAUUAUAGGGAUGAUCACUUGUUUUUGGACCCAAAAAGAGAGCCUUCUCCAUAUAGAAGAACAGAGAGGCGUGAUGGAGAUGAUAAUUAUAGAAAUUGGAAAGAAAAUGAUGGUUUCCAACCUCGUAACGUUGAUCGUUCAGAUGAUAAUCUUCAUUCCUCAAAGUUUGGUUCUGACAGUUGGGCUCAUGAGCGGAAUACUCAUUAUGUUGAGUCAGAGGAUUGGGAACGUCGCUCACAAGACAAGCCCCCCUAUCGCUGCCGUGGACCACAAACUCCUCCAAAUGAUUUUUACGAGAAUUCACCUGGAAAAAUAGUUAAUGAAAACAGGAAUCAUAAGCAAAGAGGUCCUUACCAAACCAAAGGAUUCAGAGACGAAGGCAUUCAAAUAAAACCUCACAAAAAGGCAAGGACACAUUCUCCAUCACCCAAUCACACUUCUAAUGCUAAACGCAUUUCACCAGAUGUCAGACGUCAUUCAGGAUCUUCUUCAGACAGCCACUUCAGUCAUUCGCGUGCAGGAAAUAUAAGUGCCCUUGAAGAUGAUGAGAAACAUAAAAGUUCUGAUGAAGCAUCUGUUAACAAAAAAGGAAAGAAAGACAAAGAUGGAAGAACUAAAGAGGAUAAAUCUUCUGUGGAUACAGCUGGGUCAGCCACUACUGAGAACCUUCAAAAUCUUGCUAAGAGAUUUGCUGUUGCGUGGAAAGGAGCUUUGAUUCUCAAGAAUAGUGCUUUUCCUGUACGUAUGCAUCUUGUUGGUGGAAACCCUGAGGUUGCGGACUCACUUCGUAAUGACGGAUCUUCAAAAAAUGCUUUAAGGAUUACUCAGCGCUUGCGUCUUGAUCAACCAAAACUGGAAGAAGUGUCUCGCCGGAUUAAUUCUGCUGGUGCUUCUGGUUAUUGCUUGCUGCUUGCUUUACCUGGAGCUCAAAAUCAAGUUGUUGAUGCGAAGGAAGGUGAAGAUUUGCAACAAAGACCUCUGCGAAAUUUGAUGAGUUACCUGAAACAGAAACAAGCUGCAGGAGUUAUCAAUCUUCCUGCAUUGCAAAGUACUAGUGGUAAUGCCAAGGAUGACGUGGGUGUUCUUCAUGCUUUUCCUCCUUGUCAGUUUUCGCAUGAUCAUCUCUUACGCAUUGCACCUCAUUUGCCGCAAGAACCAUCAAGAGAAGAUCACUUGGUUGUUGUUGUUGUGCGUGGUAGUGCUUAAUUAUCUUAUAUUCUCAUCAAAGUGUCAUAAAGAAGCCUUCAUUUUGUCUUUUUUCAAGAUUUGUCAUAUUCUGUUGUCGUGAUCAUCAAAAAGAGACUUGAUAAACUGUUGCUUUGUAUUUGUUCAAAAAUCUCUUUUUUUCCAUUUUCUACCAAUGGAAAUACRAACUGUUCUACCUUGCAUACCAUAYGGACAAGUCUUGGAAUCUCCUUGGAAAAGUCUACCUAUGAACUCUUGAUAUGUGGUAUCUUUUAACCUUGAAGUUGCUGUGAUGAACUUAUGUGUUUCAGCUUCCUAAGUAAUAUGAACUUUUUCAAAGUCUACUAAAAUAGUUAACUAACAAAUAUAUGUUUUCUUUACAGUUGGUUUCAGAAAACUUCGGCCACUCAGAUUCCAAAGUUUGUUCACAAAUUUCCAAGUUGGUGCAAACUUCAGUGUGAAAGUUGGUGACCAUGACUUGUUUAUGUCUAAURUUCAUAUAUAUUUACUGGGAUUGCAUCUUUAAAUCUAUUGUACUUUUCAAAAAAUUUAUUCCAGAAAUUUAUUUUGAAAAUUGACUUUGAACGGUAGAUUUGAUAAGUUUUGAAGCUACAGUAUUACCAGUUUGACAGAUCUUUAAUCAAUUUUACUUUAAACCUGAAGUUUGUACCAAAUAGUGAACUUGCAAACAAACUUUGGAAACAGUGGCCAAAGGUUUGCGAAAUCAACUGUAACUAUUUUCAUAUGUAUCAUAGAAUAUUGAAAAAAAUGGGGUGCUGUUUCAGUAUCUUUUAUAUAAAGACACACAAUUAAGUUAGCUCUAAAUAGUCUUUACCUCACAGAGUGAUCACAUACCAAAAAUAUUUUUUAAGAACUUUAACUAUAAGAAAUUGCUUAUAAAAAUAUGAUAUAUGAAUUUCAGAGCAAUUGAGAAAAAAAAACCCCUGAGAUUUCUCCCCAUACAUUUUCUCAUAUUUCCUGCUGGUCCUAAAGUGAUUGGAACCAGUACAAAAUGAGAGAAAAUGUAUGGGAAUUUUUGGAGCUUAAAUGACGUCCAUUAUCUUCAUUUCUUAAGCAAAGCAUGCAAUUUGAUGAGUUCACAAUAAUAUUAGGUACCUUAUUGGAGYCUUGUGCUGUUUUGAUGUUGAUCGUUGUUGCGACAACAUAAGUAAACUGAAUGGCACCCCCAUAUAUUUUUGAAUACUCUAUGAAACUUAAACUCAUCUCAUACACRUAACAUAUCUUUCAGUAGAACUGCUAGAAUAAUUUCUAAACCUAACUUGGAAAAUGUCUAAAUUAUAAACUGUAGUUCUUGAUGUUGAAGAUAAAUUUCGGGUAUUCCUUAAAACAAAUAAUUUUGUAGCCACUGAUGAAGUACAGCACAGCAAAUUCUUAUUCUAGAUUUUAGUCCAAGAUAAAGCAUUUUGGAAUUGCCAUUUUUAGUCUAGCUUUUCAUAGGAAAAAAGUUUAAAGAAGGUUGUAAUAUUGAUGAAAAUAUUAGCUCAAGACUAGCACUAACAUUCACGAACAACAAGUCAAAGAGGAUAACAUUCAAUUUAAGAAAGGCUUAGAAAAGAAGGCCAAAUAAUGAUAAUUGUAGCAUAAUUUUUGUGGAGCUAGAUUAUUUUGAUCUUUAUGGGUUCGUUAAUGGAUUAUCCAUUUCUUUGCUUGCAUAAAAGAUGAUUAAAAUACCAGGCAAAGGACAUUAGUGCAGCAGCAUUUUCACCUUGCAAAGAAACAUGAAAAAAAGAACCUGAAAUCGUACAAAUGACAUCUAAAUAUAAUCACCUAAUUGUUUUAAUUUUUGAUUUUAGAAUCCGGUUUGUAAUGAUUUUACUUGCUCGUAGCAAUAUUCAUUGAUCAAAUAGGUUGUAGAUACAUAGCUCUUUGGAGUUAUAUAUUCAUAGGUUUAUUUUAGUUUAAUAAGUGUUGGUUAGAAGUCUUUAUAUCAAGACUUAAAAUAAGUUCAUAUGGUAUAGUGAUUGUAAAAACAUGUCCAGUGACUUGCAAUGUCAGCAUCCAGCAUAUUCUGCCAUCUGAUUGAUGAGCGUAAAUGUGAACUUGUACAAUAAGACUUGCGACAUGUACUCAUUAAACUGAACGUCUGAAGUCAAAGAAAGAUGGAGAAUUGUUUGA